AUGGCUGGGGCGCGCAGGCUGCUCUAUCUGUGGCUGGGCUGCUUCUGCGUGAGCCUGGCGCGGGGAGAGAGACUGAAGCCGGAUUUGCCCGAGCUCCACAAGGCCGUGUCAGGCGACCGCACGGCAGGUGGUGACUCGGGCCCCGUGCUGCCGCCGCACGACAAGGUGUCCGAGCACAUGCUGCGGCUCUAUGACAGGUACAGCGGCGGCGGCAAGGCCGAGGCGGAACGGACACCGGGGUCCUCUGAGCGGGGCUCGCGGCCCCUGCGCCCCCAGCCCCUGCGCGAAGGCAACACGGUUCGCAGCUUUCGAGCCGGAGCAGCAGGAACUCUUGGAAGCAAGGGACUGCACAUUUUUAAUCUGACUUCUCUAACCAAGUCUGAAAACAUUUUAUCUGCCACACUGUAUUUCUAUGUUGGGGAGCUAAUAAACAUCAGCCUGAGUUGUCCAGUGUCCCGAGGAUGCUCACAUCAUGCUCAGAGGAAACACAUACAGAUGGAUCUCUCUGCAUGGAUCCUUAAAUAUGACAGAAACCAAAGUCAACUCCUGGGUCAUCUUUCAGUAGAUGUAGCCAAAUCUCAUCGAGACUUUGGAUCCUGGCUGUCUAAAGACAUCACUCAACUCCUGAGGAAGGCCAAGGAAAAUGAGGAGUUCCUCAUAGGAUUUACCAUUACCUCCAAAGGACACCAGCUGCCAAAGAAGAUGUUCCCCUUCCCCGAGCCUUAUAUCUUGGUGUAUGCUAAUGAUGCUGCCAUUUCUGAGCCGGAGAGUGUGGUGUCAAGCUUCCAAGGACGCCAGAAUUUCCCCACCGGAGCUGUGCCUAAACUGGAUAGCCACAUCAGGGCUGCCCUUUCUGUUGAGCGGAGGAAGAAGCGCUCUGCCGGGGUCCUGUUACCUUUGCAGAACAAUGAGCUUCCUGGGGCAGAGUAUCAGUAUAGGGAGGAUGGGGUAUGGGAGGAGAGAAAGCCUUACAAGACCCUUCAGACUCAGGCCCCUGAGAAGACUAAAAACAAAAAGAAACAGAGAAAGGGACCUCACCAGAAGAGCCAGACGCUCCAAUUUGAUGAACAGACCCUGAAGAAGGCCAGAAGAAAGCAAUGGAUUGAACCUCGGAAUUGUGCCAGGCGAUACCUUAAAGUGGACUUUGCAGAUAUUGGCUGGAGUGAAUGGAUUAUCUCCCCCAAGUCCUUUGAUGCCUAUUAUUGCUCCGGAGCCUGCCAGUUCCCCAUGCCAAAGUCUUUGAAGCCAUCAAAUCAUGCUACCAUCCAGAGUAUAGUGCGAGCCGUGGGGGUCGUGCCCGGAAUUCCUGAGCCUUGCUGUGUGCCAGAAAAGAUGUCUUCACUCAGUAUCUUAUUCUUUGAUGAAAAUAAGAACGUGGUACUUAAAGUGUAUCCUAACAUGACAGUAGAGUCUUGUGCUUGCAGAUAA